AUGGACCGAUUCCUCGGAAAGUUGAAAAAGAAAGCUGGCGGCGGGCGAAACAAGGCAGGCAAAGACAAAGCCAGCUGGACCCCAGAAGCAUCGAGGUCACCGUCGCCAUUUUUGUCCCCAGAAUCAGAACCCAAAUCACCAUUUUCCGAAGAGUUCUCCUCCUUCUGGAAUUCAAACGAAGACCAACCACAAGAAGCUUUCGAAACUACACUGCGCCCUCCGGUUACGCCCUCUGGCGAUCGGCAUUCAAACUACAGACCACAUCGACGGGUACCAGAAACUCCUCCAGCAACAGCGACAUCACUUUUUCCUCCAGGAUUCUCUAGCCAUCCUUAUGAGCACACCAAGAAGAGUUAUCCGCCACCUAGUACUUCUAAGUUUGCGGCGAUAUAUUCUCCUGAAAAGAUUAAGAGAAAAGAGCUUCCAAAAACCGAGAAACUUCCGGACAACGAGAAGAUACAUCAGGCGCUAGAAACUUUUAAAGCCAGUGUGUAUGCAGUUCCAAAAGUCGACAAAGAGCCAGAGCCAAAGCCAAAGCGAGAGCCAGAGCGAGAAUCAGAUCCAAACACUCGGAGCACAUCACAGGAGAUUGAAGAAAGUAUUCACUCUGUGGAAAGCCUCCCUAGCUUGGAUUCGGAAUCUGACAUUGUUAUUAAAACCAAAGCAGAAAGGACAGCAGAGCUCCUGGCAAAGAAAUAUGCACGCCUCGUCCAUCAACAAGAGGAGCUCCAUGCCAAGAAAUAUAUGCGCAUCAUCCACAACCGAGAAGAACUUGAAAACCGUGGCAUUUUGUGGCCUACAAACGCUCCAACCUAUGAAUUUCCCGAUGACGAAAAUGAGACACAUGUAUAUGAGUUUCCACAGUUUGUUCCAAAACCGCUGGCUUUGCGCAUCCAAAGAAAGCCGUCGAGUGAAGGACUUCAAUCGAACCAACGCCAAAUCUCGAAUGGGGUUGUGCAUGAUUAUGAAGCUGCAAAGUUGGAGAGCUGGAGACAGUUUUAUGGAAAGGGCGAGAUGAUGAAGACUUUACACAAUGAGAUUGAUGAGUAUCUGUCAGCUCUUUUGUUCAAGAGGCUCCAGAAAGAAACAGCUGCAGAUGCCAGUCGGCAGUCUACAGAGUAUCGCUCAGAGCUCAAUGUCCGGAAGUAUUGGGACGGUGUCCGAGGAUUUCUUGGGUCGGAAUUCAAAAAUGAGGAAACAAGGAAUUGAAAUUCAUACCUACCUACUGUACAAAUAGCUUUUGAUAUCAGCUUCAGAGUUCGGGCGAGGCUUGUAUAGGAC